CCAUUUAAUAAAAUGCUUUGACCUCAACAACAUGGCGGACGGGCGGAAGAAGAAUUUAUGUUGAUCGUACAUACAGUACAGUUUGUCCACAAUGGACAAGAGAAAGAAACAAUUUGAUGUUACUGCAGCAUCGCUGGUGGACCUGAAAGCUGAGCUUUACAGAAAGCAGGAGGCAUUUAAACAAGAAAAGUUGGUCAAAGAUACUGGAGCCCCACUGAAACCUAAACCCACAAACAAGAAGAGCAGCAUCUGGAAUAAACAAAAUGAAGGAGUGUCGGACAGAGCUGAGAAAGAUGUGGAGCAGAAGACUGAAGAAGAGAACACACUGGACAAGUCAAAACAGAAGCUGGAGGAGAAGGCCAGGCUGUAUGAGCAGAUGACAAAAGGAGAUCUACCAGAUGAAGAAACCGAGAGCCUGUUCCUGGUGGAUUUUACACAGAAGAUUAUCGAUCAGAAGAGAGAUGCAGCCAAGAGCACAGCAGUGAGGGAACCUGCUGAGGAGGCGCUACCAGACAGUGAGAUCCCACCUCCGGAGAACCCUGACCAGGAAUGGGUGGAUUAUGUUGAUUCACUGGGUCGAUCGAGGCGAUGCAUGAAGAAGGAUUUACCUGAGUUGCUAAAAAUGGAUAAAAACCUGCAUGUAAAAAGGCAGGAGGACAAGGGAAAGACCCUGCUGUCUGAAGACAUGCGUCGUGAGCUGCAGCGGCAGCAGUGGGAGGAGGAGGAGGAGGCGGCCCUGAAGAGGCCCAUCGGACCACUGCAUUACGAGGACAUCCGAGAAAGAGAGGCCCGGGAGCUUGGUGUGGGUUAUUUUGCCUUUGCUCAAGAUGAAGCGCUCAGAUUUAAACAGAGGGAGACGCUGGACAUGUUGCGAGACCAGACCACGGAGCAAAGAGCCAAGCGAGAAAAGUUAAAAGGCACACGGAAAGCCAUGCUGGAUGCCAGACUUGCGAAAGUACGUCAGAGGAAGAUGAAGAAACUGAAAGGAGAUGGAGCAGAAGAGGAGCUGGAUGUAGCAGACAAUGAAGUGGAGAAAGAGGAGAUUGUUGGGCCUGUGCCUUUGUUACCGGAACAGAAAUCACCUGCAUCCGUGGAGAAUAAGAAGGUGGACGUUGUCAUCCAAGAACGAAAAGACACAAAGAUGGGUAUUCCUCAUGUGCGGGAAUGGGAUAAAGGAAAAGAGUUCGCUCUUGGCCAGUGGACAAGUCGACGCAGGGAUGAACGGGAGGCAGAGUUUGCUCCUCCUUCAGAAUACUUCAGCAACUAUAAGAAACCCAACCAGGGGAAAAGCUGGACCAGGAGCAGGCAAGGAUAUCCCCCCCAGGGCCCAGGAGCACAGAGUCCUGGAAGCACACAAGCAGCAGCCUCCCCGACUCCUCCCCCAGAGCAGCAGAGUCUCGACGACUUGCUGGCGUAUUACAAACACUCGGUAUAAACUGGUUCCCCUUCUAGAAACACAGUAAGAAAACCAGAACAGGAGAUAGGAAUCCGUCAGUCCAUCAGGGCUCGUCCAGUUCCUAGCAGCUGGUUGAUCUGGGCAGAUCUGUUGAUCCACCAGAAGCGAUGAACGUUUCUUGACAGGCUCAAAACUGCCGAUGUGGAGCCUUGGGAGAAAGGCUUUAGUUGUAAAUAAAGGCAGAGGCAAGUGGAUGAAGUUAAUUUAGGAACUUUUGCGAUUUUGUAUGUGUUCAAGCAGAAAUUACUUGAAAUGGCUUUUUCCGUCUUGAAAUUGUCUUACACUUGUACCUUCUGUAGCCCAUUAAAGGAUAACGGUGUAUAUUCAUGGCUCAUUGCCUGGAUUAGCAUGUCUUCACAGUGGAGACCAGCCUGCUACAGUACAUUAACACAUGAGAGCCUUUUUUGAGGCACAUUUUAAAUACAUCUUCAUGUAACAAAACAAGAAGAGAAAUAAAUGAGCUGCGCCUAUCGGCAAGUAAGUUGGGUCUUGCAGUGUUUAUUUUUUUUUUAUUCUCUUAAACCGGUCUUGCUUCAAAUAAAGGAGCCUUGGUGUGCUGCAGAUGAGCUGUCACUAGAGGGCGCCACCAGCUGCAGUUGUAAACAAUGGGAAACACCAUUAAACACAAAAAGAAAAACCUUUCUGAAGUCUUUUCUUCAGUAAAGCUUUUUGUAUAGUCAUGUUGGAGUUACAUCUUGUAACUAAAUUUUACAUUUAGACCAUUUUUGUUUUGUUUGUCUUUUGUUUUUCGUCCUUUUUUGCACAGAGAUUCAUAUCUUCU